AUGUCCAAAGUCUUGGAAUCCCCGUACGUUCCGCCCGCAGCCCAGCUGCGCGUUUCGCUCGUCCUUCACACGGACACGGGCCGCGUCGCCUUCGGGCAUCGCGCCGUCACCGUCAGGCUCUGGCCUGCUGAGCAUGUUGAGAAGGGCGUCGAGGUCCAGGACGUCGCCGCCGCGGUCACCUUUGACUUGUCAGCCGCUAUUGCGCUGCGCGGCGCCACCCCGUCCGCCUUGUCUCUUCUACUCCAGCUGACUUCUAAUUCCGACAUGGCGAAACAGGAAAAUGCACAUCCGGCUACUCUCAGGGGCGAGCUUCUGCUUAUUGAUCGUGUUUUGGGGGAUAAACCGGUCCCGAACGGCCGCGUUUCAGUCCCGAUGAGGUUUGCAUCGGCCGACGCUUCGCCCGUGCCGCCGAAGCCACAGGGCAAGACCCCGUUGUCGAGAGAGCAUUUGCUUGAUGAAGACUCAUCGGAGGAGAUCACUUCAGGAGAGGAGCGGGUCGCGUCGACACGAGCGCCUCGUGCGUCAGGGAAGGCGCGGGGCAAGGUGCCCAACUCUUCGCGGCAGCCGGAUGCGACGAUUGUGCUUGAUGUCAGGGGCGCUAUUGAACAUGCCAAACAGGCCCUGGCGUCUCCAGAACGACCGAAAGUGUUCAUCACGUGCUCGUAUACGUCCAAGGAAAACCCGGUCUGGAAUGGCUUGGUCAGGCACGACUUUAUUUGUCCGUGGUGCCAUCGCAACUGCUAUCGAUUUCGCACUCUGCUCAAUCACUUCCAAGUUGAGCAUGAUGAUAUGGGCUUCGCUUUGGAGGGACUGCCUGGUCCUGGCUCAGGUCCUAGCAACGCGCAUGUGCAAGGAGUACCCUUCACGCUGAAGUUUGAGGUUUCGGCGACAGGUUCGCGCUCUGAAGAGAGGGUGCGUAGAGAAUCGCAGAAGAGGAACGAUGGAAAAGAUGGCGAGCGCGGUCUGAGCCAUCCGAUGAGUAACGAGGAUUUCGAGGAUGUUUAUGUGAAUCCAUAUAAGUACCCCUUUUUCGGAACUUCAACUCUGGAAGAGAAAAACGAAAGCGGAACGGAUAUUGCUCGGAACGGUAUGGCAAGGGUAUCGCUGGCAGAUACGGAGGGCAAGUCGCAGAGCGACGCUGAAUCUGUAGAAACAGACGUUGAAGGUGAUGACCCAACGAGGGAUGUUCCUGAUAUCCUGAAGGAGGAGUUGUGGAAUAGAUGCAAGAAUUGUCAACGUGGACAGCCCAGAUCUAACUAUUUCGCAAAUGACCGACAGAGCUUUUGCAGUGAGUUCUGCGAAAUCAUUUUUGCCAAGAAAAUGGAGGAUGAACGCGGCACUCCGCCCGCAGAGCGAGGGCCUAUGCUCGGGCUCUCAAGCCUUCCAAGAAAGCCUCCUUUCAACUACCAAGAAAAACUUGGCCAUCUCCAGUUGUAUCAUGUUGUAAGUGUCUGCGAGGCUAAAGAGGAGCACUACGAUCCCGAGGACCCGGACUCUGAGGAAGAGGUUGAUCACUCCUGGAGGCUUGAUCUAUCCAUGGAACGAAUUCGCCAUCUGGAGAAUGCCACACCGAAGGAGAAGUUAUUGUGGAUGAUGUGGAAUAAAUUCGCACACGAGAACUACCCCAUUCCAUCGUUGUACGCUGAAAGGUAUACUAGGUUUACUCUUGAACUGUUCGCUCUGGAGUACGGGAAGCAGGUUGCAUUUUACAAGCUCAGAGUUCAGUUUGUAGGAUUCUUGCGUGCCCUGCAUAUACAUGGAUUAAUUGAUACCACGGCAAUUUUGUCCAUUAUGAAGUGCCUUGACGGCAAGAAAAAGAGGCGUGAUCUAGGCGUCAGCACGAGACCAGAGAUGGCCCGAGAUCCAAAUACAACCGGUGCAAGCAGUCGGGGAGUCAGUAGACCUAGGAAAGGUCGACGGAGAAACGGGCGAUCGCGACUCGGAUCAGAUUAA